ACGCCCCGGCGGUGCGGCGCAUGCGCGCUGCGCUGCGGAAGUCUCGUGUGCGGAGUGUAGUCACGUGGAGACAGCGGAGUCUCGUCCAAACAGAUCGUGAGCUGUUAGCAGUCAGUCCGCCGCAGCGCCGCUCGGUGCUCCACCGCUUCAUGUUGUGUUUUUAGCCCCGCGUCCCUUUAACUCUGAACAUUUUAUCGAAGAAUGAGCGAUAACGAUGACAUCGAAGUCGACAGUGACGAAGACUCACCGAGGUAUCACUGUGUGGCAGACAAACGGGCACACCACAAUGCGCUGGAGCGUAAACGUAGGGACCACAUCAAAGACAGCUUUCACAGCCUGCGGGACUCUGUGCCCGCCCUGCAGGGAGAAAAGGUUGGUAACCCCCAGACUUCUACCAAACAGGCGUCUCGAGCUCAAAUCCUAGACAAAGCCACAGAGUACAUCCAGUACAUGAGGCGAAAAAAUCACACGCACCAGCAGGACAUCGACGACUUGAAGAGGCAGAAUGCUCUGCUGGAGCAGCAAGUGCGUGCUCUGGAGAAAGUGAAGGGCUCCGCCCAGCUCCAGGCCAGCUACUCCUCAUCCGACAGCAGCCUGUACACCAACCCCAAAGGCAGCGCCGUGUCGGCGUUCGACGGAGGCUCCGACUCCAGCUCCGAGUCGGAGCCCGAGGAGCCGCCCAACAGGAAGAAGCUGCGCGUGGAGGCCAGCUAGAAAGCCGCUCGGCUCGAAACCCGGCCGAGGUGGCGGUGGCGGGGGACAAGGGGAGGGUGAGAGCGAACGCGGCCUUCAAAGCUCUCGAGGCUCAUCGAACCCUCCCCCUCAUCUCUCACGACGACGACGACAACCACCGCCACCGGCCGCCCUCACUGACGUCUUCGUUCUCUCUCUCUCCUCCAUCUCUGGGUGGGCUCGCACUGGAGAGUCGUGACCCCUCAAACCUCCGCCCACCACAACCCUCUCUCCCUCUUCUCGCUCCACCAGGUCUCUGCGAACAGGAGAGAGGAAGCCAGCAGGGUGGAAGACGACUGCUUCAAUACAUGUAGAGAGCUUCAGGUUUUUUUCCCCUCCCUACCCCCCCCCCCUUCUCUCCCUCUCUCCUCCUCUCUCCUCCUCUCUCCUCCCUGGUUCUGCGUCAUUGGUAUUUCCCCUCUAGCAACGUCAGCAGUCCAAAACCCAAAAAGAGGCAGCUUGGCUACUUAAAGACUUGAUGCUUUUUUUGUACCCUCAAUGAAGCCCCUCCUCCGACCCGGGGUUGUUUUGGAGGGGGGGGGGGGCACCAGGCGUACUCCUCCAAGCACUGCUAUAUUAUAUAUUUGACUUUCUUUUUGUUCAUUUCUUUAUUCUUGAUUAAAAACCUGUUUAGAAUCUACACACACACACACACACACCUAGAUAAAUGGUCCUGGAGAAGUUUACCUUUUUUAAAAAUAAAACUUAAAAAAAAGAAACCGAUUUGUAGCUUAAUUUUUUUCCACUAAAGAAUGUGAAGGCGCUUUGAAGCAAACGUAAAAGUGAUACCCACCUCAGGCCCACUGGAGCGCAGGCGUUUUCUGCCCCGACACGUUAACACGACAAAAAA